UAUUUUUUUCUAUGUCAAAUAAAUUAUUUGAAAACUAAAAUACUCAAAUACAAUUCGGAAAAAAAAAUACUAAAAAAGAAAACAAAUCGAAAUACAGUACAAGGCCAAGGCGAAACCCAAUAUAAAGAUGGGCCUAACCUUCCAAAUUAACAGAAGUCACCUACUCUCUCUCUCUCUCUCUCACAAAAGAGAAGUGCUUUAGGGUUCACUUCAGAUCUGUCUCCGUCGCAGUGAUGAGUAGGAGAUACAGCCCGCCUUAUUACAGUCCUCCGAGGCGAGGAUACGGUGGUCGCGGCAGAAGCCCUCCUCCUCCUCCUCCUUCCCGACGUGGAUACGGUGGUGGCGGACGUAAGGGAUCUAGCCAUGGAAGUCUCUUGGUUCGCAACAUUCCUCUCGAUUGCAGACCAGAAGAGCUUCGUGUUCCCUUUGAGAGGUUUGGACCUGUGAGGGAUGUCUAUAUCCCCAGAGACUAUUACUCAGGGGAACCUCGGGGGUUUGCUUUUGUGGAGUUUGUCGAUGCAUAUGAUGCUGGGGAAGCCCAAAGAAGCAUGAACAGGAGAAUAUUUGGUGGGAGAGAGAUCACUGUGGUUGUUGCUUCAGAGUCUAGGAAAAGGCCCGAGGAGAUGCGUGUCAAGACCAGGACUCGUAGCAGGGAACCUUCUGGCUCUAGAGGUCGUUCUCAUGGACGGUCUCGUUCACGUUCGAUCUCUAGAUCACGCUCUCCACGUCGUCCAUCUGACUCUAGAAGCAGACGCCGAUCAAGGUCGUACUCUCCUGCACCGAGAAGAAGAGGAGCAGACUAUUCAGCAUCUCCAAGGAGAAGACAAGAGGAACGUCCACGAUCACCACUAAGAAGUCCUCCUCGAGGUGAAGGAGAUGCAAAAUACAGUCGCAGGUCCUAUUCCCCUGGCUAUGAAGGUGCUGCUGCUGGAGACCGUGACGCAAAUGGAGACAAUGAGACUAGAGAAAAACCGGACUAUGAACCAGAGGAAAGGCGUCGUGGUGGAAGAGAGGUUUCAAGGUCGCCAUCUGGAUCCAGGUCCAGAUCUGUGGAAGCGUCUCCAAGAUGAAAGAAAGUCUCUCUUUGUCAGACCAAAACUUUGUGCAACUCUCUCUAUGGUGUUUCUUUGUUUCUCUAGUAGUGAACUCUGUCCUCAAAAACUCCUUACUCUGGCUUGUUAAACAUAUUCGUCUUGUGAUGUGAUGAUACUUCAGAUAUUCUCAGUUGUGUUUUUUUAAUAUUUGUAUUAACAACUUUGGUAAGUCUAUAUUCCUAUGAAUCUCCAUUUGAUGAAGUCAA